GUGUCGCUAUUUAGGUCGGAACGAAUGUCUGAAAUGAAGCGGGCCACAAUUGAACGACGCACCUCCGAUAUUUCCGGCCAGCUCAGCGCGUCAGUGUUGUCAAAUCAAGAGCGGAGCAGGGAUAGCACAGCGGAGCCUGUCAGUUCAGCUGGACCCCUCAUUGUUAUCAAAUACUGCUAACUCGUUAGAGUAUUCUGCACAAAAUGGUUCUGCUGACAAUGAUUGCUCGGUUGGCGGACGGGCUGCCGCUCGCCGCGUCAAUGCAAGAAGACGAACAGCUGGGUCGGGACCUGCAGCAGUACCAGAGCCAGGCCAAACAGCUAUUCCGGAAACUGAACGAGCAAAGUCCCACUCGUUGCACAUUAGAGGCCGGAUCAAUGGCCUUCCACUAUGUGAUAGAGAAAGGUGUGUGCUACCUGGUUCUGUGUGAGGCGGGCUUCCCCAAGAAGCUGGCCUUCGCCUACCUGGAGGACCUGCAGGCCGAGUUCCACGAGCAGCACGGGAAGAAGGUCCCCACGGUGUCCCGACCGUACUCCUUCAUCGAGUUCGACACGUACAUCCAGAAGACCAAGAAGUCGUACAUCGACAGCAGGGCGCGCAGGAACCUGGGCAGCAUCAACACAGAGCUGCAGGACGUGCAGCGGAUCAUGGUGGCCAAUAUCGAGGAGGUCCUGCAGCGAGGAGAGGCCCUUUCAGCUCUGGACUCCAAGGCCAGCAACCUGUCCAGCCUGUCCAAGAAGUACCGCAGCGACGCCAAGUACCUGAACACUCGCUCCACUUACGCCAAGCUGGCAGCAGGGGGCGUCUUCUUCAUCAUGCUCAUCGUGUACGUGCGCUUCUGGUGGCUCUGAGAGGAGGGGGGGGGGGGUCCCGGGGCCCAGUGGCCUGGGGGCCGCCGCAGAAGAGGAGAGGAGGAGCCGGCGGCUUCCCUCUGUCCCGUCGCCAUUCCGAAAUCCUUCCUCUUCCUCGUAAGACUUUUCCCCUCUGGGCCACCGUUCAGUCCCGCUUCCCGCUGUCCGUAGGUCUGUAAUGUAAUUAUUAAUGUUAUUAUUAUCGCUGAGUUUUAUUAACGGCCGGGGGGGGGGGGGGUUGACCGUUAAUCAGGGCUGCUCAGCUCCAGGAACUGAACCAAGGGCCUCAGUGUCUGCUGGUAUAUUUGCCUCAGCCGUGCGCUACACCACCAGAUUUCACUGAUGAACUUCCUGAGUGAAAAAGGUAAAGUAUUUGGUGAAAUCAGGUGGUGCAGGGCAAAUGCGCAGAGAGCAGAUACCUGCAGACGCUGCGAUACCUGCAGGACCUGGAGUUGAGCAAGUGCUCUCUUUUCAAUGGCUGCCCUGAGCGAGGGUGCACGUGUUUGCGUGUAUGAGCGAGCGUGCACGUACGCAUGUGCGUACACAUGUGUUUGUAUGCCUGCGUGCGCACGUGCUUCAGUGUUUGAGCAAAUGUGCGCAUGACUGACAAGUGUAAGUGUACUUUCCCCGUGUGCAUCUCAACAACGUCUGCGUAUGUACCAACACCACUACUGCUACUCUCCCUCGGCUAACCAUGCACUCUGCGCCGCGAAGCUAUAAAAAAGUCUUACUUUCACCCAACCAGCAGGAAUCCUUCAACUGGAUGGACGCGCUUUCUCACCUCGUUAGAGAGACGAAGUAGCUCGGCCCUGAUAACGAACGAACGGCUUUAGAGCUGUGGAGAGCCAAUGGGGCGUUAGCCAACGGGUCCCAUGUUGAUGCAUUACUGGACUCUCGUGUUGACUGGCUGCUUUUGACUUUGUUUUGUGAAAAGUUUACAAAAAAAACAAGUAUGUAUAAAAGGUAAAAAAAAAAAAACCAGGAGACUGACAGUGAAUCAGAUGUUAGCAUAGCACCUUGUAGAAGAGAGAGAGAGGCUUAGAUGGCAGAUAAUUUGAGUAAAUAAUAAAGUAUCUGAUUUGCACACAAA